UUUUUACAGACAUAGUCGCUGGUCGGCUACCUGACGACGCUGGAAUACAACAAUAAGUUUUUUCAGUGAGAGUGGUUGCUUAUCUUAGAAUGACAUCAGAUAGUGGUUUAGGUCAUAAGCUCAAGAAAAGGCUGAAGCUUUCAUCACUUAGCUCUAAUUCUUGUAAAGGAAGGAGUAGAUCUACUAGUCAACGCUGCAGUGAUGAUGACACAAACUCCGGGAAGACUAGGGUAUCGUUUUUGAAGAAGAGGGUCAACUCCAAUAACCAUGUGAAGGAAAUCCCACGCACGAUGUGGGCUGCCUCAAAGAGAAACCAAGAGUCUACCUGUAGUAAUGAUGCUGCAACAAGAACAAAGUCACCGAGGGGAGAUGAUCCUACUCGAAAGAAGAGAGAUGAAUUGGGUAAUAAUGCAGACGUGAGACCAAGUAAAAGCUCGAAACAAACAGAUAAGAGAGUCGAGGGGGAUGGUUCAGAUAGUCAGGAGGAUAAACCAAGGAAGAGAAAGAGGAUACGACUAGAUCCCUAUGAUACCUCUAAUAAAAGGAUUGAUGAUGAUGUCCUUCUUGAUGGCCAUAGAGUAACCAACAACAAGAAGGCUGUGAAUAGUGUUGUAGAAAUGUCGAAAAAUGCUCAGUUUCGGGCAAUUCAGCCCAGUCAUUCGAUCCUUUCAUAUGUGGAAGAAAAUCUGUUGGGGCGUAGGCGAUUAAUUGAGCUCAAGAGGGCCGGCUACAACACUGAGCUUCCUGCUCCCUUAGAUAAUAUUCCUCAGUCAACCAGCACAGAGAGAGAACGUAUAGAAGAAACUGUAUUCAGGAAUAAAUUGGAAUUCUUUGCUGCUGCAAAUGUUUCAUCUUCAUUUCCACCUCCUGAUGUGCCUGAGAUUGCAUUUGCAGGAAGGUCAAAUGUUGGCAAAUCGUCUCUGCUAAAUGCUCUUACCAGACAAUGGGGUGUUGUAAGAACAUCUGACAAACCAGGACUGACCCAGACUAUCAAUUUCUUCGAUCUUGGUCCCAAGGUUCGACUUGUUGAUUUACCAGGCUAUGGCUUUGCCUUUGCAAAAGAUGAAGUUAAGGAAGCAUGGGAAGAUCUUGUAAAGGAAUAUGUUUCAACAAGAACUAGUCUUAAACGGGUGUGCCUCCUUGUUGACACCAAAUGGGGUAUGAAGCCAAGAGAUCAGGAACUUAUUAAUCUGAUGGAGAGAUCCAAUACAAAGUAUCAGAUAGUCUUAACCAAGACAGAUGUGGUGUUUCCCAUUGAUGUGGCACGUCGGGCAAUGCAGAUCGAAGAGAGGUUGAAAGCAAACAGAUCAAUUGUCCAGCCUCUGAUGAUGGUGAGCUCAAGGUCAGGAGCAGGCAUAGGAAGUUUGAGAACUGCUCUUGCUAAAAUUGCUAAGUUUGCAAAGUUCUAGUCCAUCUAUAUCUAGUUUCUCAAAACAAGAAAACAAUUCCCAAAGCCAGUCAGAGACAGAGAAUCAUACCUUUGUAUGGCAAAAGAAAGGGGUACAUGGAGAUAUAUGUGUUGUGGAAGAGAAAGGACAAAUCAAAAUGUUGAGAUAAGGAAGAGAUGGUGAUGAUGUUGAUCCGACUAAGUUAGUGAAGACUGUCAACAAAACCGCGUACUGUCUCUCUGUACCAUAUAAUAGAAUCUUGUCUUGAGUACUAAAUCUCUCAAUAAAGUGGAAGUCUUACGUUUAUGUUCUUGUUCGUCCUGUAAUGUAAUCAUCUAGAGAAUAUGCAAUUGAAGUUCUCACUCAGCUCACAGCUUUGCCAUUUGUGUUUCUGUAAACGACUUUAUAUCA